AUGGGAAAUCAGUCAGAGAAUAAAUUGCUUGAAAUUGGCUCAACGAUUACGUUGAGAGGGAAGAUGUAUGAAGUCCAGGAUGAACUUUAUAGUGGUCCGUUCAGCAAAGUUUAUACAGUUUGUGAUGGCUCUCAGCAGUAUGCUCUAAAAACAGAGCGAACAGUCGGUUCGAAAAGGCCGGUUUUAAAACUGGAUGCAUCAGUUCUGAAGCAAAUUGAUAAACAAGAGUUAACUACCGGGUUCCCGCGAUUAAUUGCUGCUGGCAGGACGCCGCUCUACAAGUUUGUACUUAUGGAACUGGUCGGGCCAGAUCUGCAACGUUUGCGACGAUCAACACCAGGGAAGAAGUUCCGACUCUCAACAUCAUUACGGAUUGCAUCCCAGACUCUCAAGCGCAUAGAAGUAUUGCAUGAUUGUGGAUGGCUUUGCCGUGACAUCAAAGCAAACAAUUUUUGUAUAGGAAAAGAAAACGAUGGACUAAUUUAUAUGCUUGAUUUCGGUUUCGCUCGAAAAUUUAUGCAAGCUUUAGAAAAACAAAUUGAAAGAAAAAUGGCCUGUUGUAGUCGAGACAAUGGUACGAUAGUAGAACGACGGAAUUCAGCAAGUUUAAUGGGUACAAUUUUUUACGCUCCAAUUAAUGCACACAAUUUCUCAGAGCAAUGCCGAAAAGAUGAUCUGGAGUCAUGGUUUUAUAUGAUUGUUGAAAUGAUCGCCGGUAGCUUACCAUGGUCAAGUUACGACCCCAAAAAAGAGUACUUGCUCGUCGGAGAAUGGAAGACAUUCGCACGCGGUCCCGGAAGAUGCCGGCUACUACAGAGUACACCAGCUGAGUUCAAUGAUAUUCUUCGUACGAUAGAUGAAACUGCAUUCAAUGAUCGGCCGAGAUAUCGUAUUAUUCAAUCUUUAAUUCAUCAAACGAUGGACCGUUUGCAGAUUGAUAAAAAGCAACCGUUUGAAUGGCAGGAAACAGAUAUGCGUAAAACAAAAGGAAUUAGUAAGUCGAACUUAGCCCACAAAUUUUGUGAUCAUAAGAAAACAGAAAAUGAUGAUAACAUCAAUACCAUCGAAUGUACCGCAUAA